UUUCUGUGCUGAGUAGAGACCAUUUACUAUAACUGGCACUGAAGUUAGAGCAUUCACUAGUUCUCAAUAAGGGAAGAGUAAAUUCUGUUUUAGAGUAUCCCUAACAAAAUCAGUUUUCUCCAUUUAGCAGAUACCUUUGCAGACCUAGCCUGGCACGGCGUCAGGCCAGGCAGUCCUGCUUCACAGAUCUAGUUAACCAUGAAUUGUAUCUUGGGGACAUGGCCACAGGCCCUGGGCUGGGUUCUGUGCCCAGUACCUCAUGUGGUCGAAGUUCCUGUUCCUCUCUCUUUAUUCCUCAGAAAAAUAAUGAUUUUUCCUAUUCAUGGCUUUUCAUCUUUUUUGAUAUUUCAAACGUGCUGAAAAGUGCCGAAAAUAACACCUAAGCAGCUACUAUCUCAAUUGGAUACAUGCCAGAGUCUUGUGGGUUCAAGUUCUUCUUUCCUUCCUUCUCAGCUACUGGUCCGAUCUCUUCCCCUCCCUCCGUGCUUUGAUUGGUUCUUAUAUUUGUUUUUAAGAAAUUAGGCGUUUCAGGCACAGCUGAAGCCCCACACUUCCAUCCCACUCCCUCCUCUCCCCUCCCCUCCCCCUCGGGGGGCGUUGUCUUUACAGUGAAUGUGUUUCUGCUUCAUAUAUAACCCCAUACAAAUAGAUGGUAGUAAUUGGUAUUUUAACAAUUUACGUAAAUGGUAUCAUACUACUGGACUUUCAGAAAACCGGUGUUAAGUUUUGUGUUUCGCUUACAGUGAUACAUAUAGAUGCUGCUCAUUUAAGUUGCUGGACGAAAUUCAGAGCGUUCCAGUUUUGUGCUCUUAGAAUCAGGGUCUAGGGCUCCUCCUUACAGACGUCUCCUUGUGCAUGUAUGUAUGUGAGCUACUGAUUUUUGUUUUCGUGUGAGUUUUGUUAAAGCAAAUGUGCACAUGAGAGAUGGCAGGUUGCUCUAGGAACCUGCAGUGGUCAUGAAGGCUUUCCCCAUCCCUGUUAGUGCACCUAAUAGAACCUGACCGCCAAUAUUCAUAUCACCUGGGACCAGCAGCUAUCGCUCUGUAACCAGCAGGGUGUUCAGGAUUUUAACUCACCUUUCCUGUCACUAGUUAAGGUCUGUCUGUUACUUUUGAUGGAAAAAGAGAAGAUUACUUUCCUGAUCUAAUGAAAUGGGCCUCUGAAAAUGGAGCCUCUGUUGAGGGUUUUGAAAUGGUGAACUUCAAAGAAGAGGGCUUCGGUUUGAGAGCGACAAGAGAUAUCAAGGCAGAAGAAUUAUUUUUAUGGGUUCCACGAAAAUUACUAAUGACUGUUGAAUCUGCUAAAAAUUCAGUGCUGGGGCCCUUGUAUUCUCAAGACCGAAUUCUUCAAGCCAUGGGAAACAUCACACUGGCCUUUCAUCUGCUGUGUGAGCGAGCCGACCCUAACUCUUUCUGGCAGCCCUACAUUCAGACCCUCCCCAGCGAAUACGACACCCCUCUCUACUUCGAAGAGGAUGAGGUUCGCUACCUUCAGUCCACACAGGCCAUACAUGACGUCUUCAGCCAGUAUAAGAACACAGCACGGCAGUACGCCUACUUCUAUAAGGUCAUCCAGACCCAUCCUCAUGCCCACAAACUGCCCUUGAAGGAUUCUUUCACUUAUGAGGACUACAGGUGGGCGGUCUCUUCCGUUAUGACUCGACAAAACCAGAUUCCCACGGAGGAUGGUUCCCGGGUGACCCUGGCGCUGAUUCCUCUGUGGGACAUGUGCAAUCACACCAACGGCCUGAUCACCACCGGCUACAACCUGGAGGACGACCGCUGUGAGUGUGUAGCCCUGCAGGACUUCCGGGCCGGAGAGCAGAUUUACAUUUUUUAUGGCACUCGGUCAAAUGCAGAGUUUGUGAUCCACAGUGGUUUUUUCUUUGACAAUAAUUCACACGACAGAGUGAAAAUAAAGCUUGGAGUGAGUAAAAGUGACAGGCUGUACGCCAUGAAGGCCGAGGUCCUGGCUCGCGCUGGCAUCCCAACCUCCAGUGUCUUUGCAUUGCAUUUUACGGAGCCACCCAUCUCUGCCCAACUUCUGGCUUUUCUCCGAGUCUUCUGCAUGACCGAAGAAGAAUUGAAAGAACAUUUGCUGGGAGAUAAUGCCAUUGACAGAAUCUUCACCUUGGGGAACUCUGAGUAUCCUGUUAGCUGGGACAAUGAGGUCAAACUGUGGACAUUUCUUGAAGAUCGAGCCUCACUUCUUUUAAAAACAUAUAAAACAACCAUUGAGGAAGAUAAGUCCUUCUUGAAAAACCAUGCCCUUUCCGUUCGUGCCACGAUGGCCAUCAAGUUGCGCUUAGGUGAGAAAGAGAUCUUGGAAAAAGCGGUCAAGAGCGCGGCCGCGAACCGAGAGCACUGCCGCAGGCAGGUGGAGGGGCACGCCCCGCUCCCCAAGUACGAGGAGAGUAACCCGGGGCUGCUGGAGGGCGUGGCGGACUCGCGGCUGCCCCUGGUCCUCAGGGACCCAGACGGGGAGGCCGGCGCACAGGAGGCCUUGACCCUCACUGAGGCUGUCCGCAGGGCAAAGGCUGCAGAGCACGGGCUGGUCAACGGCGAAAACUCUAUACCCAACGGGACCAGUUCGGAAAAGGAAAGUUUAAAUCAAGAGGAAAGUAAAAGAGCGACCGGAGACGCCAAAGAAUCUUCUUCCGACAGCGCCGAGGAAGUUGGAAAGUAGCUCUGCGUCUGUCGGGGGACCCAGUUUAGCAGAAGUGUAUGAACGGCCCCGUUUACAUCGCUGUGUUUCCUUGUUCACGGUUUUCUUUCUGCAGAGAGGAAAAUAUGUUUUUGCUGCUUUAUAUAAAAAUGAUUUUUUUAAGUUAUUUAAAAAAUCUAGCUUCCCUUUCUGAUUAAGAUUGCCAUCUUGCUUCUUGGCCAAACAAACAAGUUAUCGAGCAGAGCACAGAGGGGGAAGAGGUGCCUCGGAAGACUGUGCAGACCCAUUGCGGGCAAAUGUAUCUUCUUCCCGGGGAAGAAGUCAGUUCCUCUGUCAGCGGUGCUUUUGUGGGCCUGUCAUCUUGACAACCAGAAUCAAAGCCUGCUCUGCCUCCUGCCAGCGGGGCUUGACGGUGGCGCUCUGGGGG